CUCUCUCUCUCUCUCUCUCUCUCUCUCUCUCUCUCUCCUUCUCUACCGAUCUUCUUUCUUCUGCGAUGUGAUCUUCCACCAUAUCUUCAAAAACCCAUCAACACUUUAUCCCAAAGUUUUGAAGCAUUUAAAGCUAAUUAAAAAAAAACAAUUCGAAGAUGGUCUUCUCAUCUCUUCCGGUGUAUCAGUUUGAUCCACCGAACUGGCAACAGCAUGGGAACCAACAACCAUUUGGAUUCACAAACGAUCGUCACAACCCUAAUCAUUUUUCGCCGCCGGUUCCCUCGGCCGCAGCUCCACGACCACCUCAGGUGGUGGACGGCGGUGCCGCCACCGCGGGCCAGACCGUGAGGCCGAGCUCGAUGGUGGAACGAGCCCGGCUCGCCAAGAUCCCAUUGCCCGAAGCAGCUUUAAAGUGCCCUAGAUGCGAUUCCACAAACACCAAGUUCUGUUACUUCAACAACUACAGCCUCACUCAGCCACGCCACUUCUGCAAGACCUGUCGCCGUUACUGGACACGUGGCGGUGCCCUGAGGAACGUGCCGGUGGGCGGAGGGUAUAGGAGGAACAAGAGGAGCAAAUCGAACGGUGGGAGCGGCAUGAGGUCAAAAUCAAAGGUCAUGGUUGCCUCUGAUCAUCACCACCACCAUCAACAAGAAGCUAGUACUUCCUCUAGUUCGGCUUUUUCUCGCCACACAAGUUACUCAAACCCUAGCAAGAUUCUCAACAUUGGUCAAACCUCGGGUUUAAGCUCGAACUUGCCCUUCUUGUCCCCUCUCCAAGGCCUCGGGGACUACUGUACAAGCAACGUCGAGUUGGGUUUGGGGGGAAUUCAGCUAAACAGCGCGAUAACGGGGAGUUCAAGUGGCGGGGCGUUGGAUCAGUGGAGACCUUCGUUGCAACAAAUUCAGCAAUUCCCUUUCUUGAUCAACACGCCAGGGUUGGAUCAAUCUUCAAGUGUGUUGUAUCCAUUGCUUGAAGGCAACAAAGACAUUAAUCAAGACGAAGAAGAGACAGGUAAUUACUUGAAUCAGACAAGAUAUAAGCCGUUGGUGGAUAUGACUGCAGCGGCCGGGGACACACAAUCAGACAAUGUUACGGCAGAAGAGAACGAUCAUAAAGGAGUGAAUAACUUGUCGAGGAACUUAUUGGCGAACAUAAACAUAAACUCGGCGAAUGAUCAAUACCCUUCUUCAUGGGGCGGGAGUAACAAUUCUUGGAACACCGAUCUUCUCGGUUUCGCUUCCAACAACUCUGCAAGCCAUUACCUGUCUUAAGGUCCCUAAACGCUUCCUUGAGGUCUGAGCUCGACUAAAAUCAUUCUUGAUUCUUUUGUUGGUUGGAUUGUACAUCACGUCACCAAGUGAGGCGAGAUACCGAGAGAUCAAAUGCCACGAGCUAUGGCGAAGAUUGCUUUCGGGCUUCAAUCGGGACUCAGUUACUGUCAUGAAAUCAAUCAAAGUCGAUGUCGGUACUGUUGGUUAUGUAUCCUUCUUCUUCUUCUUUUUUUCUUCACUACUUUUGGUGGGUUUGUAUCAGAUAGGAGUAUGUUUUGAAAGAGUAGAUAUAGGAAACUUUGUGUGUGUGUGUGUGUUUUGUCUCGUCAGUCCAUCUCUUGUGGUUAAUUAGUAUUCGUGAUAUAUAGCAUGAAGAACAUUGGGUUAUAUACUA